CAGAGUUUGGAACAGUAUUGAUAAUUGGGGUAGUUACGGUAGAACGACUGGAGGAUGGAUUGGCCGCAUCACACAGCUGUACGAGGAGGAGGAAAAGCAUCGUGAACCCUGGAGCCUCUGCCUACUUGUAUGCGCACAUUCACGCGGAGAAAUCACUGCCGUUUGUCUCGCGCUCGACUGAAAACAAAGCGAGCCCACCUAAAUGCGGAUGGUGCGUUCAUUGUCGGCUUCGGAUGUGUAGGUGGAGACAUCCCCGGCUGCCGCACUGAUGUUAAAACACACACAUACGGCAGCCCGAUGUGAAAACUGCCCUCUGGCGCUCUAGUUUGGGUGGAUAACUGUUUAUCUUUCGACUGCACCGAGGGGGGAGACGAUUUUUUUGGGGAAGGGGGGCGGCGAGAUGCAGCAUUUGGAGGACUGGGAGUGAACGCUUCACCGCUGCUGAGGCUCAACAUGGGAGAGGAAAAGCAGCCAUAAAGAUGCCUUGGUGUUGUGUUGCGCUGGGAAGCCCCACCCCCUCUGCGGCAUCAUGUUUGGCGUGAGCUCACCUGUGAUGAUGAUGAUGCUUGUUCACCCUGGGGAGGAAUGGUUCACUCCACUGUUGUUCCCCAUCCAGAGGCAGGGGACGUUAACGCCAGUCUCUGCUGCCUGGUUACAGGGCUGCUGAACCUUUCCACAAGGCCACCGAUGGAGAGCGUAUCCAUGGCGAACGCUUCACUCGCCUUCUCCCCGUCGCCCUCGGAGACAAACACACCAACGACGGAGGCACCGCAGGGCACACAAGGGGUGGGCCUGCCUCUGCAGAUCUUCUUCUGUUUGGUCAUGGUCACCAUCCUGCUGGUGGCCCUUCUGGGGAACGUGGUGGUGUGCCUAAUGGUUUACCAGAGAUCUGCCAUGCGCUCCGCUAUCAACAUCCUCUUAGCGAGCCUGGCGUUUGCAGACAUGAUGCUGGCCAUCCUUAACAUGCCCUUCGCUCUGGUGACCGUUGUGACCACCAAAUGGAUUUUCGGAGACGCAUUCUGCCGAGUUUCGGCAAUGCUCUUUUGGUUCUUUGUCAUGGAGGGUGUGGCUAUACUGCUUAUAAUAAGCAUAGAUCGUUUUCUUAUUAUUGUUCAGAAGCAAGAUAAGCUGAGUCCACAGAGGGCCAAAGUGCUCAUCGUGGUCACAUGGGGACUGUCGUUUAUUUUCUCAUUUCCUUUGGCCGUUGGAUCCCCUCUCCUUCAGAUCCCCCCCAGAGCCCCCCAGUGUGUGUUUGGCUAUAGCAUCGAGCCUGGAUACCAUGCUUACGUACUGAUCCUAAUGCUAGUUUUCUUCUUCAUACCCUUCAUGGUCAUGUUGUACACGUUCAUGGGAAUCCUGAAUACCAUCCGCCACAACGCCAUUCGCAUCCACAGCCACACAGACAGCAUCUGUCUGAGCCAGGCCAGCAAGCUGGGGCUGCUGAGCCUCCAGAGGCCCUUUCAAAUGAAUAUAGACAUGAGCUUCAAGACCCGUGCCUUCGCCACCAUCCUCAUCCUCUUCUCGGUGUUUACAGUGUGCUGGGCGCCCUUCACCGCCUACAGUUUGGUGUCUACCUUUAGCGAAGGAUUCUACCACAAAGACAGCUUUUUUCAGAUCAGCACAUGGGUCCUGUGGUUGUCCUACCUCAAGUCGGCCCUCAACCCGCUCAUUUACUACUGGCGGAUCAAGAAGUUCCGUGAUGCCUGCCUUGAUCUGAUGCCCAAGUACUUCAAGUUUCUUCCUCAGCUGCCAGGCAACACGAAGAGGCGCAUUCAGCCGAGCGCUGUGUAUGUGUGUGGAGAGCAUCGCUCUGUGGUUUAACCUUUUAACAUCCACCAGGUCACUGGCAACUCCUCUAAGAUUUAGGGUUAGAUUUGAGGUGUGUUUGAAAGCCUCUGGAAAUUUGGCCUGAAAUAGCGAAAAUACACUCAUGCAGGGUUUCUAUGGUCAUGGAAGAAGGCCUGAAAGUGUCACGAAAUUAAGCAAAAUCCCAGAUAAAAUUUAUAGAAUCUCAUUUUUAGGCACACCAAGUCAUCGACUGUUAGUGAAAUUAGCCAUUUUGGGAUCAAAACAGGACCUAUUACCAAUAGUGUAUAGCUGAAGCUACAGACCAUCUUUAAGAAAACAAUGUGAAAUUCAGACUCCAUACUGUACAUUCAUGAAGGCAGUAUUCAAAGUCAAACAUCUCAGUGAAAUAAAUUGAAGUAGUCUAAUUUUACUACUAUUACUUGUAUUAUUUAUUUUUUAUUUUGAUUCAUUUGGAGUGUAGUCUACUUUUUUACAACUGCAUAACAUCAGAAUGGCUUUGUGACAAUUAUCUGCACUGAUGAGUUUGCAUUUUCUCUUUACAAAAAAUUCACAAAACAGAAGAGGCCUGUCUGAUUUAGAAAAAACACUAAAUACAUUUUAAAAAUUGAACAAAUUAGAGGUUGAAGACUUGCUAUUUCAUUGGUAUAAAAUGAUUAACUAGAAAAACACUCGGAGAGCGCAGACCUCCGCCAAGGCAGAUCAGUGCCGCCCCCCCCAAUCACCACCAAAAUUUAAUCAUUUGUUCCUUGUGCCAGUAUCAACAUUUCCUGAAAUUUACAUCCAAAUCCAUCCAUAACUUUUUGAGUUAUCUUGCACACGGACAGACAGACAAACCAACGACGGCAAAAGCAUAACCUCCUUGGCGGCGGUAACUACUGAAAUCUACCUCUGUUGGGAAAGGUCAUAGGAAUUGCUUCAGUCCAUUGAAAAGCAACUGAAAAGUGGAAAUUCUGCAAAGAAAAAAUUUGUUAUCCCGGUAUAUGAUAUACAAAUCAAGUGUUAUCAAACAUCCACAAAAAUGACCAUUCAUAACUACUACAAAAUGUAUUCUAAAAAUAAGUAAUUCUGCUAAGUUGAUUUCUCAGACUGUGUACUUGUGGUUGGUAAUGUUAGCUACAUCACCACAGAGGCGACGUGUUAGAAAAAUGCCAAAAUUACAGAAUCUUCACCCUUGUGUCCUCCUCAAAUUUGCUACUCUCUGGACACCUUUUGACAAAAAUGUACAUGUACAAAAACUGCUAUGAAAUGAUCAUAAAUCAAUAUUUCUUUUUUUUCCCUUUUUCCAUAAAUCAACUUUAGCCCUGCUCAAAACUUCCAAAUAUUCAAUCAUUUUCAGGAUUUUAAAUGCCAGUUGCCAGGGGGGUGAGGCAUUGAUGGUGAAUAGUCUUGGAUAUGUCGAAGAUUAGCAAAAAACUGAUUAAAUUGCAUUAGUAUUAUUAUAUAUUAAAUUAAGUUAAAUACUCCCUUUGGACACCCUCAUGGACAAAAAUGCCCCGUUGACUUCUGUUACUAUUUAUCAUAUGGAAAAUAUUUAAUUUUGUAGGGUUUUUUUUUUGUAAUAAAUAGCCAAUUAUUUAGAUAAUUACUGAUAUUUAAAGGGUUAAAAUCAUACAUCAUCAGAGAAUAAAAGACACACUGCCAAAAUGAUCACCAAAUGAAAAAAAAGUUGAGAAAAAUAUACAAAACUGCCAGAGGAGGGAAUAAAGGUUAAAUAUAGUGCAAUGACAAAGUCUCUUACAUAUAAAGUGUAGUUUAUUUCAUUAUAACUAGGCAGAUAAUCCAAUAGCAGCUCUUAGGUAGUUAACAUGGUUUUGACAAUUGACAGGGAUUUUAAAAAAAUUAAUUCUGUGAUACAUCUCUAGCCUAACCACACUCAAUUCAAACCCAGGAGCAGAAAAUUUAAUAAAAUAUAAAAUUUCCAAUACUUUUUGAUGUUUAGUAUGCAGUGUACAUAUAGAAGACUAUUAUGCGUGAUUUCCAGAGGCUUGAACUGAUGUUAGCUUGUGUUUUAACCACAUACUAAACAUGUAAACUUGAAGAUGUUUCCUUUCAGAUGAAGUCUAAUCCAUGCCUUUCGGCCUCACACUUACUCUCUUCUAACCCUAACCUUAAGUCACAGUUCUAUGUAAAUGGUGGAUGUUAAAACAAAGAACCUAUUCUUUUACUCUCCAAUACUGUUAAAACUGCAUCUUUACAGGAAUUACCCUUUUGUCUGGAAUUUGUUUUGAUGUUUGGUGGUAUACUACUUUUUGUUCGAGCAGGUGUUACAGUACGACCAAAAGCUGCAUUGCAAUGAAAGAAUUAAAGGGACACCUUCUGGCACCUGAGCGUAGAGGUUUAUAAUGUUAUCAGGAUUUUAUUUGUCUAAAUAGCGCUGGAUAUGGCUUGAAAGUUUCCAAUACUGGAUCAGAAAUUGUACCAGUACAGAAACAGAUACUUUACUUUUUUUGAUACCUUACUCGGACUCCUAUAAAUAUGUUUUCUACAAUCUCUUUUUGUCCUUUACCAAAAAAAAAAAAAAAAAGAUAUGAUUUGCAUGUGACAGAGUAUUCCUAAAGGUUGACCUCUUAGCUAUUUCCAAUGCUUUCGACUGUAUUCCACAGAACUACUUCAACAAAUGGAUCUUGCUCAGGUAUCAGUCCAAGUAAAGAACUUUGGUCUGGUGUUAAGAUGUGGUUAUGUAUCUGCUAAAGCAUUAACCCUGUCGCUUUUAAAGUUGUGGGACGCAAUUGGAAGCCCAGAAAAAGCUAAUAUGUGAGCCGUGAGGACAAAAUAUUGUGUUCACAAGCUCAACAAUGAACUCAUUAAUCAAGAAAAUACUAAAAUGAACAUACUCUAGUGUCAGCUUUUGGCACUUUAGUUAUUGCUGCUUUGGUGAAGUCAUCAGAGUAGCAACUUUUUCUCUACACGUUUGCAAGAUUAGAAGUAUGGUGUGACCAAUUUGGCCAAUUUAAAGCUGUGAAUUUUGGCAAAAGUUGAGCCAGGUUUGACCAGCAACAGCCUUUGCCAGCCAACACAGUUUUGUUUUUUUUUGUUUUUUUAAAUCUGCUGUCUUUAUCCAAAUCCAAAUAUACCACUGCAGUGAUCUUUAAAAAGAAGAAAGUACAUCUUCCUAAGGUUCAGUCAGUCCAGGUGUCCCAGGAAGCUCCUCAGUCAGUCAUGGGAUGUCCAUUCAGUCAUUACAUGGGCUGUUACUGGUCUUAAAUCUUUAGUCUGACAGGAAAAAAUGUGACUUGAAGAAUCAGUCCUGACAGGUUUGCUUGAUUGUUUCAAUCUCAGAGUUCUCGGUAUAUUAUGUCUCGUGGUUAAGUGCUGUAAGGACCAGUUGUCAAAAAGUUAUCCAUCAAAUGGGUGGAAAAUCAAUCGGACAGUUCCUGGGACUUGAUAAUUUGGCUUAAUUUUUACACAGUGGUGCAAAGUAGCAUUGCAUCUUCCACCUCCGUCUACAGUCUAUAAAGAAACAGGGUGUUUUAAAGUGUUGCCCCUUUGGUUCAGUUUCUUGUGAGAUUGUUCGGUUCACUUCUUGGUCAAUUGUGUUUUUGGUGGGAAUAAAUAAAGUUGGUGAAGUGUUCUGAAAUAUUGCAUAUUAGCUCAAACAUGCAUCACACAUCUGGUAGUUGGGUAACACCAAAGUCCAGAUCCACAUCCCUACUCCAAAAAACCUGAGUUUGUUUAUGACUGGACUAAGUUGCUUCGGUGGGAUUGUUGCUGUUACUGUGUUAACACCUGAACAAAUGAACCACAUCACAGAGCAGAACUAUGGUUUGAUUCACAUGGAUGGAAGUCCCAACACAAGCUACAAAAGGAUCAGGAACUAUCAAAACAGCCAAGUACACAAGAGUAAAACUGGUGACAAAUCUGACCAGACGUCAGUGCCAGAUUUUAGUGCUUAUUGUAUCAGGCACAUUCCAGGUGCAGUACCUGGGCAUACAGGGUAAACCCAAAUGCAGAGCAGCUGCCAAGAGUUGCAUUUUCACCUGUUUAUGCACCUCCAGUUAAUCUCUUGCUUUUUAACUUUAUGUUAGAAAUCUCAUUCUCCGCCUCCAUAGUCAUUCUGGGCAAUACA